GAGUAGCCCAGCUCUCCACUACUGGGACAACCUCUCAGCCCUCUCCAGGAGUAGCCCAGCUCUCCACUACUGGGACAACUCCUCAGCCCUCUCCAGGAGUAGCCCAGCUCUCCACCACGGGGACAACCUCUCAGCCCUCUCCAGGAGUAGCCCAGCUCUCCACUACUGGGACAACCUCUCAGCCCUCUCCAGGAGUAGCCCAGCUCUCCACUACUGGGACAACCUCUCAGCCCUCUCCAGGAGUAGCCCAGCUCUCUACUGCUGUGACACCAUCUCAAUCCUCCCUAGAGGCAACCUCUGUCUCCACUGCUGUGGCGCGAUCCAACACCGCUGCAGCGGCAGCCUCGGUCUCCUCCCCUGUGGCACCACCUCGUUCCUCGCCAGGAGGAGCCUCCGUCUCAGCAGCUGGGGGUUCUGCGCUUUCUCCUGUCCGUGUCCUCGAUACUUCUAGUCCACAUAGGAAUAUGUCGUCGAAGCCCCCGCUCCCUACUCCUCCGAGGUCCAACUUGUACCCUGGCCCCCCUCCAACUGUUGAUGCUGAUGCAGCCUUUCGCCAUGAAACAGCCUCGCUGUCGAGUUACAGAUCUAAAGGGCCGGCCCCCGAUACUCUCAGCUACCUAGACUCUGUCAGCCUUAUGUCCGGCACGCUGGAGUCCCUCUCUGUAUUAGAUGAUGCCAGUUCUGUGGGCUCAGACUCCGAAAUCAAUGGAGCUGCGUAUCGCAAGACCGACAAGUAUGGCUUCCUGGGCGGCAACCAGUACAGCAGUAACGGGGAAAUGUCUAUUCCCGUGGAAAUCUCCAGGCAGAGGGAGCUGAAGUGGCUGGACAUGUUCAAUCACUGGGACAAGUGGCUGAGCAGACGCUUCCAAAAGGUGAAACUCCGUUGCAGGAAGGGGAUACCGUCUUCUCUGCGUUCCAAGGCCUGGCAGCACCUCUCCAACAGCCACGAACUUCUCGCCAGGAACCCCGGCAAAUUUGAGGAGUUGGAAAGACAUCCAGGGGACCCCAAGUGGCUGGAUGUGAUUGAAAAGGAUCUGCACAGACAGUUCCCGUUUCAUGAGAUGUUUGCAGCUCGCGGAGGACACGGGCAGCAAGAUCUCUACCGUAUAUUAAAAGCUUACACCAUCUACCGGCCCGAGGAGGGGUAUUGCCAGGCGCAGGCCCCUGUCGCAGCCGUGUUACUCAUGCACAUGCCGGCCGAGCAAGCCUUCUGGUGCCUGGUCCAGAUCUGUGACAAGUACUUGCCGGGUUAUUACAGCGCUGGGCUGGAAGCCAUUCAGCUUGACGGGGAGAUCUUCUUUGCGCUCCUGCGCAGGGUUUGCCCCAUGGCCUACCGGCACCUGAAGAAGUUUAAAAUUGAUCCCAUCCUGUACAUGACUGAAUGGUUUAUGUGCAUCUUCUCCCGCACCCUGCCCUGGGCGUCCGUUCUGCGGGUCUGGGACAUGUUCUUCUGUGAAGGAGUGAAGAUUGUGUUCAGAGUGGGCUUGGUGUUACUGCGGCACACGCUGGGCUCGGUGGACAAGCUGCGGAGCUGUCAGGGAAUGUAUGAGACCAUGGAGAAGCUGCGCAGCCUGUCGCCGCAUUGCAUGCACGAGGAUAUCCUGCUGCCGGAGGUGAGUUCUCUGCCUGUCACGGAUGCUCUGAUCGAGAGAGAAAGCAAUACUCAACUGCGCAAAUGGCGAGAGAACCGCGGCGAGCUCCAGUACCGGCCGUCCCGCCGGCUGCAUGGCGCCCGCCAAAUCCAAGAGGAAAAGCAGCGUCUUAACCCGAGCCUCAGCGGCAGCCGCCUCAGCCUCGCCAGCCUCCGACGCGCUUCUCCACCCCCCACCGCGGCUGCGCAGCCAGAGUCCGUGGUGGUGUCUGAGGGCCUGCGGCCCGUGCUGCCAUCUCCCACGGCAAACAAGACCCCGCUGGGUCCACCCAAAGCAGAGACCAAGAAGACGAAGGAGAAGCAAAGGGAACAGGAGAAAAGGCGGGAAAAGGAGGAGAAAGAAGAGCGAGAGCGCCAGCGGAAAAGAGAGAAGGAAGAACGAGAACGAGAGAGGAAGCGAGAAAAGGAGGAGAAACGAGCCCAGAAGGACAAAGAGAAGGUUGACUCCAAGCCGAAGAAGGAAAGGAAGUUUUCUUUUAGGCGGAAGGAACCCUCUUCUCCUGCAUCAGAUCUGCCUCGUAAGGGUGGCCUCCUGUGCCACCCCACCCCCCAUGCCCUUGCACUCAGUCCUCACCCUGUUUAUCGCUAUGGGUGGGCACUGAGUGAGGGAGUAAGCUGCUCGCUCUGCAGGGUACGGGCGAGUAAAGAUGUGAUGCAGCUCCGCCAAGAGGGCGAAACGCUGCGCAUGUUCGGUGUUUCCCGUCAGAAGAUGCUACAGCUUUUAGUCCGUUCCGUCCCCGCUGCGGCCGCUGCUCCCCUUCGGACUUAUCAUCGAUGUGCAAUCACGAAGAGUCGGAGCCUGCGCGAAGGACGGCUGUAA